AUGUCUUCAUUCACAGUAGCUCCCCUCGAGAUCAGCUCGGUCCUGCACGGCGGCUACCACCACCCCGUGGCUCGCAGGUACCAGAACAAUGGCCGUAACCUCACCAAGGGCAUGUUCAUGUACCCCAUCUUCAUCUCGGACGACCCCGACGCGGAGGAGAUUGUUGCGACGCUUCCUGGCCAGAAGCGCUGGGGUAUUAACAAGCUCGAGGGCUUCAUUGCUCCCCUUGUGCAGAAGGGCCUGAAGAGCGUCAUCCUCUUUGGUGUGCCCAUGAAGAUGGAGAAGGACGCCCGUGGCUCGCCUGCCGACGACCCCCAGACGCCCGUCAUCCUCGCUCUGCAGCUCCUGUCCAAGAAGUUCCCCCAGCUCUUCCUCGCGUGCGACGUCUGCCUGUGCGAGUACACCGACCACGGCCACUGCGGUAUCAUGUCCGAGCUCCCCAACCCCUUGCACUCGAACAUGCCCACUCUGGACGCCGAGAAGUCUGCUCCUCGUAUCGCCGAGGUCGCGCUCGCGUACGCCAGGGCCGGCGCGCACUGCGUCGCCCCCUCGGACAUGAUGGACGGCCGUAUCCGCUCCAUCAAGCUCGCCCUCAUGGAGAACGGCUACGGCAACCGCGUGACCCUCAUGUCGUACGCCGCCAAGUUUGCCUCGGGCCUCUACGGCCCCUUCCGUGACGCCGCUGGCUCGGCGCCCAUGUACGGCAACCGCAAGUGCUACCAGCUGCCCCCCAACGCCCGUGGCCUCGCCCGCCGCGCCAUCAAGCGCGACGCCGCCGAGGGCGCCGACAUUCUCAUGGUCAAGCCCACCCUCCCUUACCUCGACAUUGUGUCCGACUGCGCCACCCUCGAGCCCGACCACCCCUGUGCCGUCUACCAGGUGUCGGGCGAGUACGCCAUGAUCGUCGCUGGCGCCGAGAAGGGUAUCUACGACCUCAAGCAGAUGGCCUUUGAGACCUGCGAGGGCUUUGUCCGCGCCGGCGCGAGCAUUAUCCUCUCGUACUUUACCCCCCAGUUCCUCGACUGGCUGGACGAGGAGCGCACCGACCUCUAA